CUCUCCAUAUUUGUUAUAUUUGCAAUAAAAGUAUGGCAAUGAUGAGAAUCAGGAAACCGGGGGAAAAGCUUGUUUUUUUUAUCACCUUCUUUUAGCCACAAAGCUCUUGAUUUUUUUUUUUUUUUCCUCCAAGAGAUCUCCAUUACAUUGUUUUUUCCAAGGUAGCCUUCACCUCCACCAUUUUUUAUCUAUCUCCCAUCCACUGUUCCUUUUCUCCUCCAUCAACCUAAGAUCAUUUAGUAGGUUUAUCUUCCUAAUCCCCACAUUUCCAAAUACUUUAUUGUUCCAUAACUUCAAAUCUUGUUUCAGAGUUUGCAAUUUGCUAGUUAGAACAAAACUAGGAGUAACCUGGAAACUAUAACUCUGCCACCAGCCUCUAACCUUGUCCGCAAAACCAUCCUUUCAAAGCCACGAGUUCUCGAAUUCAAAAUGAGUUUUAUUUUCUGUUACACUUCUUUUUAUAAAAUUAUGCCAUUGUUGAGUAUCUUGUUUCAAUUUUUCUUUGCGUUCUUGUUAAAUCUGUGGAAUUAUCAAGGUUUGACAUUGAUUAUUAUUAUUAUUAUUUUUUUGCAUACUUAUUUUAUUUUAGUAGUCUUUUCUGGGAUGGCCUUGAAUAUCUUUUUGUUAGAUUGUUAUCGGUGUUAUUUUUCAUUGAUUUCUCUUGGCACCAGUGGCAGAGUGGCUCCCCAAACUUUUAAUUAUAUUUCAAUGAGCCCUUGAUAGAAUGUUACUUGACCCCUCAAAAAAUUUUAAAUGUUUAAAUUCUGGUUAGUUUAAGUGUAUUCUUAGAUAAUACUCAAACAAUUAAGACUCUAUCCUCUCUAAAUAUUUUAAUUGUUAUUGAUCAUCUGUCUCUGAUUUUGUGAUUUAUAAUUGAUUCAAUUACAAUCAGAUAAUCGUACAUGGGGCCAACCCGUAAUUAGAUGCAGAGGACCCUCUCCGCGGGCCUUCCACAGCUGCACCACUGUUGGUGAUGAACUAUUUAUGUUUGGGGGUAUAGAUGCGAACAACCAUCUCAUCGACAUUCAUAUUUUCAACACUUCUUCUCAUAGAUGGAGAUCUCCACGUGUCAUCGGUAAUAUACCUGAGCGACGAAGAUGGCACAGUGCAACUCAUUACUGUCAAAGUCUGUACAUUUUUGGUGGCAGUGGGAGAUCUAGUGAUAAUAAUGAUGAGAUAUACUAUAGAAAUGUCUACAUGUUCCAUACAGCUCGUUUCGUAUGGAACCGUAUUGCUACAUUUGGCAGUCUACCAUCUCCUCGCAACAGCCAUGUCUGUUCAUAUCAACUAGACGAGAUGAUUGUGGUUGGUGGUAAAGAUGGGCAUGAUUCUUUUUGUUCCGAUGUCUAUGUGAUGGAAGGUUUAACUUGGAGAGAGCAGCGAACUUCAGGACAUUUGUUUCCCCCCUCGAGCUGGUCAUGCAGCUGUUAACUUUGGUGCCAAUGGAACAAAGUUGUAUAUAUUUGGGGGAUAUAUGAUUCAAAUCCUAUACAACAAUGUCUAUGUACUUG